GGAACAAAACAGCAAAAAUCGGAAGAAAAUGCCAAGACUGUGUCAUGGAUUUCAGAAACCCAAAAAUUCACCCACUAACAGCAAUACCUUGAAGGCUUCUCCCACUUUCUCCAUUAUUCAUACAUGAUCUGUGGCUUGCCAAAACGGAAGUCAAUGUAUAGCACUUUCAGUAAGGCAGGUCUGUGGGAGGUUGCAAGCAGGUUUGGGUCUAGUUCUGAGCAAAUCGGAUUAUGUCUAUCUGUAGUUAAGCUGCAUGAGUUCAUAGAUCCAAAGGAAACACCAGAAGAGGUGGCUUCUAACUUCACAUGUGCCAUGUACGAUACCCCUGAAGAAGUUCUUAAAUGUGCUAGACACAUGGUUAUUUUUAAGAUGGUCGAGGAAAACCCAAGAGAUGUUGGGCAUGAAAUGGACGGGCUCAGUAUAGUGUAUGGAGACGAAUCUCUGCCCCGUCUUUACGAAAAUUCCCAAAUUUCCUCUGAACAACUUCCUUCGCAGCAGCUAGGUAUAGUGAGGCGGGCUGUUGCUCUUGGUCGAUUUCUCCAGAACCCAUUGGCAAUGGUUGCAACAUUAUGUGGGCCCAGAAAGGAAAUAUUGUCAUGGAAACUGACCCCUUGGGAGAGUUUUCUCAACCCGGAUGAUAAAAUUGGGAUAGUUGAGCAGAUUAUGGUAGAUGUGACCAAUCAGGCUGGCUUAGACAUUAAUUUAGCAAUAAGUCAUGAGUGGUUAUUUGCUCCGUUACAAUUUAUUUCGGGGCUUGGUCCACGGAAGGCUGCAUCCUUGCAAAGAUCGCUAGUUAGAGCCGGCUCAAUUUAUACCCGGAAGGACUUUUUGACCGAACACCAACUUGGUAAAAAGGUGUUUGUCAACGCGGUUGGUUUCUUGCGUGUGAGGCGAAGUGGAUUAGCUGCUAGCAGCAGCCAAUUUAUUGAUUUGCUGGAUGAUACACGAAUUCAUCCAGAGUCUUAUAUUCUUGCACAAGAGUUGGCCAAAGAUGUCUAUGAUGAAGACGGCACUGGUGAUGCAUAUGAUGACGAUGAUGCCCUAGAGAUGGCCAUAGAACAUGUGAGAGAUCGACCUAGUUAUUUGAAAAAUCUGGAUGUUGAGGAAUAUGCUUCUGGAAAUAAUCGUCAAGACAAGAUUGAAACUCUCUAUGAUAUAAAAAGAGAAUUGAUUCAAGGUUUUCAGGAUUGGCGUAAGCAAUAUGAAGAACCAAGUCCGGAUGAGGAGUUCUAUAUGAUUUCAGGUGAGACUGAAGAGACUCUUGCCGAAGGUAAAAUGGUCCAGGUUACGGUUCGCCGAGUUCAAGCCCAAAGAGCAAUAUGCGGGCUUGAAUCCGGAAUGACCGGAAUCCUCAUGAAAGAAGACUAUGCAGAUGACUUGAGAGAUAUAAUUGAAUUAUCUGAUAGGCUACAUGAAGGCGACAUGCUCACUUGUAAAAUCAAGUCAAUCCAAAAAAACAGGUAUCAAGUCUUCCUUGUUUGUAAAGAAAGUGAAAUGAGAAGUGAUCGGUUACAUCACAACCACAACUUUGAUCCAUAUUACCACGAAGACCGGAGUUCCUUGCCGAAUGAGCAAGACAAAAUUAGGAAAGAAAGGGAGCGUUCAAAGAAGCAUUUCAAGCCUAGGAUGAUUGUUCAUCCACGGUUUCAGAAUAUUACUACUGAUGAAGCAAUUGAGUUCUUGUCAGACAAGGAUCCUGGUGAAAGUAUUUUCCGUCCUAAUUCUAAGGGUCCUUCAUACCUUACUUUGACUCUUAAAAUUCACGAUGGAGUGUAUGCCCACAAGGAGAUAAUUGAGGGCGGCAAGGAACUCAAGGACAUCACAAGCUUACUUCGAAUUGGAAAGACUCUUAAAAUUGGAGAGGAUACUUUUGAGGAUUUAGAUGAGGUAAGGUACUCCACCUGGCUUUCUGGACACCUUUAUUGUGUCACUAUGACUUACUCUUUCCUAUUCAUUAUUGCUUAGGUUAUGGACCGGUAUGUUGAUCCCUUGGUUACUCAUUUAAGAGCAAUGUUAAAUUAUCGCAAGUUCAGGACGGGUUUGAAAACAGAAGUUGAUGAACUUUUGAAGACCGAAAAGGAAGAGAAUCCAAUGCGCAUAGUUUAUAGUUUUGGCAUCUGUCAUGAACAUCCUGGCACAUUUGUAUUGACUUACAUAAGAAGUACAAAUCCACACCAUGAGUACAUUG